AGGAUAAGAUGCCUCCGAGAUCCGGACGCACGUUUCCCCCAUAUAAAACGCUGCGAUGCGCCGGCGCAUCAGUUAGUGACAGACGAGAAGUCAAACACAUCAGAACACAAUGAAACAACUACUUUUACUAUCGGUGCUAGCGGUGGCACACGCACAGUUCCCAAACGGUCGCAUCCUGGAACCUCCAGUCCCUACGCAGUGUGUACAGAGGGUUAUACACGAGAGAUUUGCUGACAAUAAGGGCUACUUCUUCUCAUGGCGGGACCCAGCGUUGCGCGGUGUAGAGGAAGAUUGGCUCAGCGCAAGGAACUACUGUCGUCAGCGCUGCAUGGACCUCGUCUCCUUGGAGACCAGCGACGAGAAUGAGUGGGUGAAAGCGCGUAUUGUGCAAGAUAAGGUAAAAUACAUCUGGACAUCGGGUCGUCUCUGCGACUUCAAGGGCUGCAACAGACCUGAUCUGCUACCGAACGAAAUCAACGGCUGGUUCUGGACUGCCGAACUGCAGAAGCUGGCUCCCACCACCAAUAGACAGCAAAACGACUGGUCAGAAGGCGGCGGUAUUGGCAAACCACAGCCUGACAAUAGGGAGCUGAUCCAAGGAGGUGCAGCGGAACAUUGUGUAGCGAUUCUAAACAAUUUCUACAACGACGGGGUACAUUGGCAUGACGUUGCCUGCCACCAUCGCAAGCCUUUCGUCUGUGAAGAAAACGACGCGCUUCUAAAAUACGUCCGAUACACCAACCCUAAUCUGCGAGUUUAAAUUAUAAUGAUAAUAAUUAAUUUAUUUAAAUAAUUAAGACAUCAUGUCUAGUGUAAAUUAUUCAAUCAUGUAUUUUUUAAUAGAGCAGCUAAAAAGUUUUAAUACAAGUUUUUAUAACAAAAUACCUGUAAAAUGAAUCAAAACUAAUGAUUUUAUUGUUAUUCUAUCCAAUUUUUUAUUUUGAGCCUUCAUCAAUCAUUGGAUUUGCCAAAUAGAAGCAAUGUUUGGGUUUCGUCUUAGUGGUUUUGCAAAAAAAUAAGGAUUAAGUAUUGCUAUCAAAAAAGACUAAGUGGCUCAGACGAAAUAUCAGUUUUAUCAGUCUUAGAUAUAAGUUUUACCUCAAAAUAUCAUAUUUAUUGAAUUAAUUUAUAUAAAUGGUAGUCGACCAAGAAUAUCAAUAAUGGAGAAUAUUUAAAUAAGAUGUACCCUACAUUAUUUAUGUCAAUAAAGACUGCUAAUAAA